AUGGGGCAGCGCGAGUGCGCGGCGGAGGUCGUUAACGACCUCAAAAGACUGGAGGAUCUUGGCUGCAAGGUUAUUGCCUAUGCAGACGAUGUAGCACUUAUGGUGAAAGGAAAGUUUCUAAGCACCGUGUAUGAGUUGACGCAGGGAUAUCUCGGCGUGCUUAAGCACGCGGCCAACAAAGGCAGCGGCAACAACAAUAGCAACAGUAACAACAACAAUGUCAGACAAUAUGAACAAUUGUAUGUGGAAUAUGCGAGGCACAAAACACCUACAGCUACAACAGCAACGAUAACCAUAGCAAAAAUAACAACGAUGACAAUAAAAACAACAGCAACAAGAGCUACACAUACCAGUGUAAAAUUUGUUGAAUUUUCGACAACAACGACAGCAACAACAACUUGGAGUACACCCGUUCACGGCGAUGGCAAUGACGACGACGACACCGAAGCCGAUGAUGAUGAUAAUGCCGUUGUUGAUGAUGAUACCCGUACAGCUUGUGCAACGGUUGCGGUGAACUACAACGACUACAAAUGCGGCAACGGCAAAGUACUAGCAACAACUUACGAAUAUAAUGGGGCAAGUGGCAAGCAAAUGUGCCAUGAACCCGAUGCCAACGCCAAGCAAAAUAGAACAAAAUGCGGCGGUGGCGGAGCAGCAACAACAAUGGCAAAGAAUUCAUACACCACACUCACACGCUGGUUACAAGAAAUAAAAAAUAACAACAACAACAUCACACCACACUUACACGCUGGCUACAAGAAAUAUAAAAAUAACAACAACAACAACAAUACGUAUUACCAGUUGUCGCACUAUUGGCACAAAAUAAAUUGA